UUUUACGUCCCACCCGCCGCUUUAAGCGUUGCAAGCCAAAUUGCGCCAGGACCCCGGAACCAUUAUGACAGUGUGGGCAGCGUAUGGACACAUUUCCCAAAGUUGCGCCGCGUGCAACAACAGUUGGCAUCUUUUGUAGUCACAAAAAUAAAUCGCCCGCCAACCCGCAUUCUACUAAAACCGAACAGCAGCAGAAAAAAAAAGGACAAUCUGCAAUCGGUCUUGAACAACAAAGUACUGGAAUAUUGUGAACCGAAAAUAAAGAGACAUCUUUAGCAGCUCUGAUAUUUCAACAAUACAAAACAAACCACUGGCGACACUCGGCCAGUCACCGGCAACAUGUUCGGAAUAGAUUGGAUGAGCCUUGUGCUCCCAUUCUCAUACAUUCUCGUCCUGGGGGGAACUUUUAUGACAUUUUCCAACGUCUACAGGAAACGGAAAGCGACACAAAGCGCCAACCUGGCUCCUUGGUUCCCGCCGCACCUGCAACGCAACAUCUACCUGUCGCUGCUCCACCUGGAACCUGAGGACGGAUCCGAGAAGGCGACCAAGGUGCCCGAGAGCGUCCUGCGCACCGCCCUGCUCCGCCGCGCCGUCGAGGACAUCCACCGCAUCAUCCAGAUCCGUACCGCCAAGGCCGCCUGCAGCUCGCUGCUGGCCCGGGGCAGCGUCGGCGAUGACCUGUGGCAGCGGUUCAGCCGCGCGGAGAAGGAGAUGGAGGAGGAGCUGAGGGAUGUCGUCAUGGAGGCCAACGCACUCGCUCCCAACUGGGGUCAGACAAUCUUCCAGUCGGCCAACGAAAUCGCCGCCAACACUAUGCUGCGCAAGCGCCUCGACGACAUCACGGACCAGACCGAUGCCGAGAAGGAAUGGUGGGCCAAGCGCCAGGGCGCCGCCGGCAUCGAGAACCCUCCCGCGUCGUCCCCCACCAACACCACCACCUCCGAGUCCCUCCCCGCCACCUCCAAGGAGACCCCCGGCAGCUCGGAAGACGGCAUCCUCGUCGACGACGUCCCCGAGUCCUCCACCCCCGCGCCCCCGGCACCCGCACCCGUUCAGACCCCUUCUGCGCCGCCUAGUGAGCCCGGCACUCCUUCCAGCAAGAAGAAGAAGAAGGGAAAGAAAUGAAGCACGGGGUUAUGAGGUGUUUUAUUUAGUGAGGGGUUGUUUUGAAUUUUUUUUUGACCGGAAAAGGACGGAGGCUUCGGGCCUCUGAUUUGGUUGGCAAAGUCAAGCGCCCCAUUUGUAGAUAACGGACUUUUUUUUGGGUUGCUUUCCCUUCAUGCGAUUCAUAUUCUUUAGCAAAGCAUCUGCAAAAGCGGUGCUUUCCAAGCUUUCGAGACUGGAAGAGGAGCAAACGGAAAGGGGCCUUUGAUUACCAAAGGAAUAUGGGAUGUGAUAAUGCAUUGGUGCAUGGCGUUUAUGGGUUAGUUUUUUUUCUUAUCCAACAAAGUCGCAUUUCGUAUAAAAUCAGAUUCCCGAUUCGGAGGCUUUUUGGUACGGUGUGUUGGUUUAUUGAUUUGUCUCACUCA